UUAAAAAUAGUAACUUGUAACGGUAUUUCUGCCAACAAAAACAAACAUUUUUAAAUCGGGUGCAUAAAUUUCAUUAAAACACAAUUAUAAUGGCGGAAUUCAAGACUCCAGUUAAGAAAUCAAUGUCGCUGGUUGGAAGCGAUAAACGUGAAAUUGCAAUUCCACCUUCGCCCUUCUUAAAUCGCCUGGGCUACGGAACUGGUGUUUCUGUAAUGCAGUUAGUUCGGUCACCUAAAGCAGGAGAGAUACGAUCACCAUGGGCUCUAAAAAUGCUGAAUAAACGAGUAAAACCAAAUAAAGUGUACACAGAAAGACUCCAAGCUGAAGCUGAGCUUUUACAGAAAAUGUCCCACCCAAAUGUUGUGGGGUUCCGAGCAUUUAGUAAGACCAAGAUUCUUUACCUGGGUAUGGAAGCCUGUGAUUUAUCACUUGGUGAUAUGAUAGAGAAGAAGGCUGAAGAAGGUGCUGACGCUUUUGCACCAAAAUGCAUUUUAAAGGUUGCAGUUGAUAUUGGACGUGCUCUGGACUAUAUUCACACUACAAUAAACAUUUUACAUGGAGAUAUGAAGUCAUACAACAUAUUGGUAAAUGGAGACUUUGUCAUAUGCAAGUUGUGUGAUUUUGGAGUGACAUUACCUCUUGAUGAAAAUGGUAUUUUUGAUAAGGAUAAAGGUGGGAAAGCUGUUUAUUAUGGUACAGAAGCGUGGAGUGCUCCUGAAGUACUGCAUGGAGGUAUUAUUAGCAACAAGACUGAUGUAUGGUCUUUUGGUCUAACAUUAUGGGAGAUGAUGUCCUUGUUGCCACCCCACACCAACAUUGAAGACUUUGAUGAAAGUAUAAGCAGCAUAAAUGACAGUUACAUAGAUAAUGCUUAUGAGAUGUAUGGAACCCGACCAGCGUUACCUGCAGCAAUAUCAGUACCAGAAUACAGCGGACCAGUAGCACUAUUCCAAGCAGCCACUGAAAUAAAGGGUGAAGAUAGACCUUCAGCCGCUGAAUUGUCUGCUGCUGCACAAUCCAUUGCUACUAGUAGCUGAGUAGCUAUGAUUUAACAUGUUUCACUUGUUUAAUAUCUUUGAACAAUAUGUUGGCUCUAUAUACCUUCCAGGCUUAGAUUUUUGAAGCGCUUUAUUCUGCUCAUGACCACUAUGUGGCACUUUAAGCAAAAAUUGUACCAAGUCUUAAAAAGCCUGCAACAGACUUGUGAUCCUUCUGGCAGUGUGAGUGUCCAUGGGCGGUAUCACAUAACAUCAGGUGUGCUUCCUGCCAGUUCAAAAAAAGGUAUAGUAAAACUGAGUUUUUAGAAAUAGGAGUGCAAUCCUAUUAUUGAAUAUUAUAGUUAUUACUAAAAUACUGUAUUUACACUGAUAAUAAAAGACAACAAUGGUUUUGAAUAAGUGGAGUUGUAUGUAUGAAAGUAUUAAAACAUUAUUUUUAAAACACUUAUAUUUAAGUAACAUAAAUAAAAAUUUAACAACCUUAUAAUUAGGUAUAGUUUAUGAUACAGAGAUUAUUUUAAAUGAGAUAAAAUGUUUUUGAGCGUGAGAUUAUACAUCGAGAUUCCUUUACAACAGAACGGCUGACUAGUAUUUACAAUAAAUGUAUUUUUAUGUUAUAUUGUGAAAUGUAUGACAAAAUAUAUUUUAGCAUCUACUGUGAGGUAUACUUAAGGCAAAUGGAUCUAUCGUGAUAUGAUUUUAAACAUAGUAAAAACCUUGAUUGGUUAAUUGUUUUGUCACCUUGUUUUUUAAAGUUAUACAACAUCUUUUUGAGACUUAUAAAAUGUUUAUGUAUAAAAGAAAUACAUAAAUUUAAAAGGAACGCUUGCUAUUUCUUAAAUAAUGACAAGGAUGCUAAUUCUUAUGUACUUAACUGGUAGUAUACAGCAUUCUGUAGUUAAAAUUCCGACACAUGUAAAUUAUUCAAUGCUUUUACAUCAGAAUUAGUUUGAUCCACUAAUCGGUUACUGGUGACGUGACCAAGCAUUUACAUAUAAAUAUAUGCUAUUUGACACCACUGUUUAUGUUAACAAUAGAUUUUUACAGACGUAAAAUGGACAGUAUAUCUUAGGAACAUUUUCCCUGUCU